AUGGUGAAGACGGUCCCUGUGCACUCGCAGCCAUUACAUAGAGACCAAUGGUCUGUGUCCAGUUUAGAGGAAGACUCACUGAUAAACUGGCCUGUAUCCUGUUGUCUACCUUACUGCGAGCACGCGCUGCAGCCAGCCUUUCCAUCAGGGCAGCGAGAGAGAACAUGCUGUGUUGUCCGUAAGUCCAUCGCCAGAGUCCUGACUGUAAUCAACCAGACACAGAAGGAGAACCUGAGGAAGUUCUACAAGGGGAAGAAGUACAAGCCCCUGGAUCUGAGGCCCAGGAAGACCAGAGCUCUGCGUCGCCGGCUCAACAAGCACGAAGAGUCUCUGCGGACCAAGAAACAGCAGAGGAAGGACCUCCUCUACUCCAUCCGCAAAUUUGCAGUCAAAGCUUAGAUGCUUUUUCUAUUGAAAAAAUAAAAUCUGUGUAAAAGAC